AUGGCCAAAAUUUCUUCCAAGAAGCCCCUAGCCCAAGAAAGAGGAGUAGAAAUCCCAAUAGAAGACAUGGUUGUUGAAGGGAAAAGGAAUUCAAAAUUUUUGAGGGCAGAAAGGGCUGGAAGUGUGGAGAAAAUGGAAAUCCAAAGUGCUGUUUAUAUAGCCACAAGAGGCAUUUCUGAAACCUCUCUCUCUCUCUCUCUCUCUCUCCACCUCUCCACCUCUCUGAGCAGUGCCGGCCGUAACCCAUCUCCAAUCAAAACAUUUCAGCGUCGUCCAAACCCUACCGUUUCUGCCCCAUUGUCGCCGGCAGGAACUCGCUGCAACCGUUGCCGCUGCACUCAUCUCCAUUGUCGAUCUGGUAGUGGAUACGGGGUAGAUUUGCUGAUUUCGGGAGAAUCAGGCGAUACGGUUUUUGCACAACCCCUCCAUCAUCUCGAGGGUCAGGUUCUUGCAGGAAAACACUUAUUGUUCGGCCUUCAAUUGCAGAGGAAGUACAAUGCAUUCAUUCAUGGUGGAGGUUCUCAUUGGAAGACCAUCUUCAUGGUCAACCUUGUUCUGACUGUAGUUGAAUGAGAUAGGGAAGCAGGUUGAAGGAGAUUCAUCCACUGUCAGAUGCUGCACUUGUACCCAAGAUGGAAAGGAGCACAACAACUACACAGGUGGAGCUUGAGACAGUUUGGUUCAUGGAACAAUGGGCCCACAAAAUUGAAAGGCUGCUUCUGUUUAAGGAAUCUGAUGUGGAGGACAUGCUUCAGUUUGAAAAUGUAUUUCUAGUAACUUGCCAAGAAUAUUCCCAUUAAUACCUCGCACUCGCACCUAACCCCUUCAAAUGAAUGCUAGUUAUUGGGUUAUUGUUGUUGUUUCAGUACCAGUUUUUACUUUUAGCAUUCCUAUUAGAGUUUUUAAGUUUUUUUUUUUUUUCAUGAAACUAGCCAGUCUCAUAUUAUUCCCA